UUGAGUGAUGGUAUGUAAAUGUAACGUUAUGGAACUCCUGCUUACCACAGAAUGUCUUCAGAAUUGUCCACCGCCACAAUGUUCUCUCCUAGUGUCCUUAGUGUUGUGUCCAUUGUCACCAUGCCUGAGUCCAUCCAUCUGGUUGCUCAUCUGAUCUUCUUCUUUUUUCUCCACCGUUUCCAAGCAACCCCAGUUCCUUCUGGGCGUGCGCAGAGUACGAUCACCUCAGGAGAGACAAAACCUCAAACACAUCUUGGGCCCCGACCUCUACGUUGUUUUGGAUUUUCAUGGACGACAUGGCCUUGUGUGACUUUUGGUCUCGCUGUGUUUUGUCCCCUUCCACUGAGAUUCUUCAGCAGGAAUUGGCCUUUACAGUAAGUGGGGGUUCUGAAGAUAAAUAACCCAACAACCCAACGUGAAUGACACACGGAGAAGAAAAUGACCUCUGAAAGGGACGUCCUGGAACAACAGCCAUCAUCGCUAUGGAAGGGAACCGAUCCAGGGAUUCAUAUAAUCAUACCGGCAGUCCUGUUCGGCCCUUUCGACAGUCCUGGAUGCUAAGCUGCUCGACCUAGAGGGGGUCGGGGACAGCAGUGACAGUAGAGUUCGGAAUGUGGUGGUGUGCGGGCCUGUGGACCGUGCUCAGCGCGUUCAUAUUCAGCAUCGCGGCGGACCCGUACCUCGAGAGAGCCGUCCAGCUGAUGGCACAGACCCCCCUCAUCGACGGGCACAAUGACCUCCCCUGGCAGCUGAGGUCAAAGUUCAACAACCAGCUCAACAAUGUAGACCUGAACACCCUGAACAGCACACACACCAACAUCCCCAAAAUCAAGGCGGGCCGCCUGGCAGCGCAGUUCUGGGCAGCGUACGUCCCGUGUGACACACAAAACAAAGAUGCCGUGAGACAAACCCUGGAGCAGAUUGACGUUAUACACAGAAUGUGUGAGAAAUACCCGGAAGACUUCAUGUUCGCCACAAGCAGCCGAGACAUUAUGGAGGCCUUCACCCAGAAUAAGAUGGCGAGCCUGAUCGGUGUCGAGGGCGGACACUCGAUGGACAGUAGCCUGGCGACGCUGCGCACCCUCUACCAGCUGGGCGUGCGCUACAUGACCCUCACACACAGCUGUAAUACACCGUGGGUGGACAACUGGCUGGUGGACACUGGAUCAGACCCCUCCGAGAACAAUGGGCUCUCUGACUUUGGAUUUCAAGUGAUAAAGGAGAUGAACCGCCUGGGCAUGAUGGUGGACCUGGCGCACGUGUCCGAGCGAGUGAUGAAGCAGGUCCUGAACGUGUCCGAGGCCCCCGUCAUCUUCAGCCACUCGUCCGCCUACGGCGUGUGUCCUCACAAGAGGAACGUGCCAGAUGACAUCCUGAAACUGGUGAAAGAAAAAGAGGGCGUCGUGAUGGUGAACUUCUACAACGACUAUGUGACCUGCAGCGACAAGGCCAAUCUGUCACAGGUGGCAGAUCACUUUGACCACAUCAAAAAAGUAGCCGGCGCCAGCAUCAUCGGCUUCGGCGGCGAUUACGAUGGAGUUGAAAGAGUCCCCGAGGGCCUGGAGAACGUCUCCAAGUACCCGGCGCUGGUGGCGGAGCUGCUGAGGCGCAACUGGACCAACGAGGAGGUGCAGAUGGCGCUGGGGAAGAACCUGCUGAGGGUCUUCGAGAAGGUGGAGCAGGUCCGGGACAGCGAGCACCAGGCGGUUCCGAGCGACGUGCUCAUCCCGUACGAGCGGGUCAAGAAUACAUGCAGAACCAGCUACGGCUACGAUGUCCCGUCGAGCGGCGGGGACCUCCUGGCCCUCAGCCACCUGCUGUUGGUCCUCUGCGCCCUCCUGUCCCUCCUCUAGGGUUAACCAGAGGUCAAGAGGGACAGAGCAAGCAAGGCCCGGGCUGCGAAACCACAGGGUUACAGGUUCCAAACCCACAAAGUUUUUGACAUGAACACCCUGGAUCAUACUUUUUCUGUAGAAGUGUGAAAAUAAAGACCGAUAACAUGCGAAU